AUGACGGUUCAGUCUGUGCCAAACAGGGAGCAGGGCAGCACCCCAGGAGACUCCGGGCCCCCCUCUGUGCUGCUGGAGCAAACCAGAAUGGGAGAAAUUGUGGGUUCCAGUGGGAUAACUGUGGAUAUUUCCUUCAAUCAAAACCAAGGUAUCCAGUUAGGGAAGGCUGGGACAUCCAACGCCUCAGGACACACACCAGGCAAGCUGCAGAGAUUCCUGAAGGAACAUCUCAGGCAACUGGGGGUGGUUCAGAUUAUGAUUGGCGUGAAAUUCAUCGUCUAUGGGACACUUGGAAUUACGGUUCUCCAUUACACAAUACACAAAAUUGGUUUCUUCUCAUUUCAGAUAGGCUUCCCCAUAUGGGCAGCUUUAUCUUUUAUUAUUUCUGGAUCUGUGACAGUUGUGUCUGCAAAGAAGCAAACAAAAGCUCUGGUAAAGUAUCAGUGA